CUAGAGUAGCUUUCCAAAUGCAACGUGAGCUACUUUGGUAUAAGGAAGUGGAAAGUAUUACAUACUCCAUCAAUAGAGUGGAUCCAAACAAAGAAGGGAAAACACCAAGAAUAUUAUUUGCAGAGGAGCAUAAAGACCUAGUUAAAGAAGGAGCAGCAUGGAUGAAGGAAACAUCAACACAAUGCAUGGUGGUAGCAACACUUAUCACUACAAUUAUGUUUGCAACAGUGUUUACCGUACCAGGUGGUCAUACAGGAGGAGGAGGAGGAGAACCCAAUUACAUACAAGGCAAAUUUCCAAUAGUUUUUGUCAUAUCAAACAUAACGGCACUUUGCUCUUCGGUCGCUUCAAUGUUGCUGUUUCUAGCCAUUAUUACUUCACGAUAUGCGGAAGAAGACUUCUUCUCGACUUUGCCUCGUAUGUUGACGCUGGGCCUUUUAUUUCUCUUCGUCUCUAUAGUGGGAUUGAUGAUAGCAUUUGUCGCAGCUAUCUUAUUUAUGCUUCACUAUGAUCUUCGUCUACGUAUCUUCUUUAUAAUUGUCUUACUAGCAAGUAUCCCAGUCACCAUAUAUGCUUUGGUGGAAUUUCUCUUGUUCAUACAAUUGAUGUUUACCACAUCCUCAUCACAUGUCUUUGGAAAGAGAGUUAAAUAA